AUGGAUAGAUUGAGCAGGGGCUCACUUUGUAUGAUUGGGGUUCAGGGUAAUUCGGGUGAAUACAAGCACUAUGACGUCCACUCCCUUUAUGGGCUAACUAUGGCUAUCACUACCAGAAAAGCACUAAAUGAGAUAACAAACAAAAGGGGGUUUGUAUUAUCCCGGUCCACUUUUGUCUCAUCGGGACAAUACACGGGUCACUGGUUGGGAGAUAAUCACAGCAAAUGGUCUCAUAUUAAGGAUUCCGUGAUAGGAAUGAUGGAAUUUAAUUUGUUUGGCAUUCCCUAUAUAGGAUCAGACAUUUGUGGCUUUUUCGGACUGCCCACACCAGACCUAUGUCGUCGUUGGCAACAAGUCGGAGCCUUUUAUCCAUUCAGUAGAAACCAUCACGAAAAUGGUCAGGAGAUGGAACAGGACCCGGCUAUUUGGGCUGAUAGGGGACACCCGGAAGUGACCGAAGCGGCCAAACAAUCACUUUAUCUGAGAUACCAAUUACUUCCCUAUUUAUAUACCCUGUUCUUCAAAGCACACGUAUUGGGCAACACUGUUGUCAGACCUCUGUUUCACGAGUACCCGACUGAUCCGCAAACACAUAGUAUCGACGAACAGUUUAUGUGGGGAUCAGUUGUACUCUUUUCUCCCUUCCUUUUCGAAAACCAAAAGGAAGUGAAUGCAUACCUUCCCAAUGAUGUCUGGUAUGAACCGACCGAUGAAUUUGUGAAACUCUAUCCCAAGACCGGAUUAAUUAAGAUUGCAGAUAAUAAUAGACAGGUUCCUCCCAUACAUCUUAGGGGUGGAAAUAUUCUGCCCAUUGGUUACAACAAAGCAGUCAAUACAGAGGUAUUGAGAGACAAACCGAUUAAUCUGGAGGUCUAUCCCAAAGACAAAAAGGCGACGGGAGAUCUGUUUUGGGACGACGGAGACUCUCUCAACACUAUUGAGACAAAACAAUAUAAUUUCUAUGAAUUUGAAUUGCUUGCUAACUGUUCACUACAAUUAAGAGUCAAAACUAAAGGCUAUAAUUCAAGUAAACCUCAUUUGAUUGAGAAAGUAUUAAUAGCCAACACACUUAACGCCAAAAUCAAUGCAUUACUCGAUGGAAAAGCAAUUGAAAAUGUUGUCGUAAAAGAGGAUUACAUUAUAUUUCCAGUGAAUAUCGAUUUGAAUGCUGCACAAGUGGGUCAGAUAUGGAAGAUUGAGUGGAAAACUGUUGACAACACAUGUAAUUUGAAAUAA